AUGCAGACGUCAAAGUCGAUGAUUGCGCGGCGACCGAAAACGAUGAUACCGUCGGUUUGGAGGAGGACGACGAGCAGCGAAAAGAAACAACGAGAAAGAAGAAGAGGACAGUUACAAAUCGCGAACGUCGGCUCCACGUACGGGAGAUUCUUCCGGGUGACGACGUUCGGGGAAUCCCACGGCGGCGGCGUCGGGUGCGUCGUCGACGGGGUACCGCCAAAGCUGCAAAUAUCGAGGGAGGAUUUACAGUUCGAGCUGGACCGACGUCGACCGGGGCAGUCGAGAAUUACGACGCCGAGGAACGAGGAAGAUUCGUGCGAGAUUUUGAGUGGGGUUGGAUUGGACGGCGUGACCCUUGGAACGCCGAUUGCGGUGCUCGUGAGGAAUAAAGACCACAAGUCGCAAGAUUACGGCGAGAUCGCGGUGGCGUAUAGACCGAGUCACGCGGAUGCGACGUACGAUAUGAAAUACGGGGUGAGAGCGAUUGCCGGGGGUGGAAGAAGUAGCGCGAGAGAAACUAUCGGGAGAGUCGCGGCUGGCGCAAUCGCGAAGAAGAUUUUGAAGCAAAUUGGAAAUACGGAAAUUUUGGCGUACGUGAGUCAAGUGAAGGACGUGAAAACGAGCGAAGGCGGAGUGGAUCACGAAAAGUUUACCAUGGAGGACGUGGAGAAGAACAUCGUGAGGUGUCCGGACGAUUCUGUUGCGGAGAAGAUGAUCGAGGCGAUCGAUGAGGUGAGAGUGAAAGGAGAUUCGUGCGGCGGGGUGGUGACGUGCAUCGUGAGAAAUUGCCCGAGAGGUUUAGGCGCGCCGGUGUUUGAUAAGUUGGAGGCGGAUUUGGCGAAAGCGAUGAUGUCGUUGCCGGCGACGAAAGGUUUUGAAAUCGGGAGUGGGUUUGGAGGCGUGUUAGAGAAGGGGAGCGAACACAACGACCCGUUUUACAUGGACGCGGAAAGAGGUUUGCGAACGAUGACGAACAAAUCGGGCGGUAUUCAAGGCGGCAUUUCCAACGGCGAGAUUAUCGAGAUGAAGAUUGCGUUUAAACCGACAUCGACGAUUACUCGACCGCAAAACACGGUCAAUCGCGACGGUGUGGAAACUGAGUUGAAAGCGAGAGGAAGACACGACCCGUGCGUCGUCCCGAGAGCGGUUCCUAUGGUGGAAUCCAUGGUUGCGUUGGUGUUGAUUGACCAUUUGAUGAUGCAAUACGCGCAGUGCGAUUUGUUAGGGAGAGAGGAUUAUUCGUUCGUGAGAGACGGGAACAUGGCGACUCUAUACGACGCGCAGGCGAGAGAAGUUGCGGCGACGCAAGCGAGUAAAGCCGGAAUGAGCGCGAAGAAGAUGCAAGAAGAGUACGAGGAGAAUUAA